CAAACAGAUCACUCUUGGGCACAAGCACUCCCACACAACACUCCCCACCCACUGCAACCCACUUGUUCUCUUUAGUUAACUUCCUGCUUCUCUGAGGCAUACCUGCCAGUGAAGGAACUGAGAGGAGAAAAGAAAGAUGAGAAAGUACCUAAUCAUGGAGAAAUGAAGCUUUGGAUUCAGUGCUUGAAGAAUUCAGGCUCUAAUUUCCCAGGUCAGGCUGGUAUAAAGGAGAUCUUCAUGUAGUUUGCUACCUUCUCAUAUUUAUUAGUCACCGGUGUUUUUACACCACCCUCAUAAGGAUAUGAGAAGACUGGAGGGAGGGGACAAGACCUUUUGUUGGUUUCUCUUCUUUGGGCCAGAGAGAGGGAAGAACAGAAUCCAAGGAACUUGAAAACAGGUUUUUGGGAUGUCUACGAGCAGCAACAAUGGGAUGAAAACAGAAAGCAAGGGGACAUAGCAGGUACCAGCUCCGGAAGGCUUUAUUUGACGUCUGUUCCUCCAGCUACCCAGCCUUUCCCCCUCUGUCUGCCAUUGCCAUCCAUAACACCAUGUGGUUAGAGUCACAUUGGAAGAACAUCCGCCAGACUCUGUUACUUCUCUUCACUGCUGCACUUCUCAUUGGGGUCACAAUGUUGGCUGUUUCCUCUAACAUCAACCCAGUAGGAUACUUCUUCCUGGGGGUGGGAGGCUUGUGCCUCAUUGGCUACUUGCUGAGUGUAUUUGCAGAGUAUUACAUGAAACAUCAGCAGACACAGAACGCAAAUCUGGCAGCUCCAAGGAUGCAGAGCCAGGCAGGGGUGAAUAAUGCUUAUGAAGCUCCUGCAUAUGAGGAAGUGAUGAAUAUGCCAAACCCAACAAUUUGGACAAUCACUUCCAAUGCAGGCACAGUGCCUUCACCGGUGGGUGAUCCCCCGCCGUACAGUGUGGUUAUAGAGUCACCUGCCCUGGCUGAGGCUGUGGUGGAGACCUUCAGUGUCUCAGUGGCGUCAGGCACUAGGCAUUUCUCUGAGGCAGAUGCAGGAUCCAGGCUGCACCUUCGGUUGGUAUUGCCCCCAAGGCUGCAGCGGUUUGCUUCAGAUAUCCAUGGAGUCAAAGGUGCUGAAGACAGUGUGGAACCCUUGGAGCCACUUACACCACCCCCUGCUUAUGACAGUGGUACUGAAGAUGAGGUCUUUGAAGAAACUAGGGAAUCUGCAAGACUAUGACUACUUAAAAAAAUACCAGAUGUCAUGGAUUCAACACAAAACCCACCACAGUGCAUCAGUACACAGGAGAAAAAAAGCUGUGGAAACAGUCAAGGUCCUGCAGUGGUGAAUGUUAAAGCCACAACUGACUUUUGAGGUGCUUGGUGUCUGGGGUUGCAGAUGAGACAUAUGAAAGGAGGAUAAGGUACACCCUCACCCCAGCCCUACCCACAUUUGCAUAUCUCAACAGAUACCCUACCCAAACCAUUUCUGUCCUACAUAGAUCAACACCAUUGUCUAUUUCUUACACACAAGCCCACUCCAUCCACUGUGAUAGAUGUGCAGAGACUACCCUUUUUCACUUACACAAAUGCAUAGGCACACAUUAAUUUAAGUCAGCUCAAUGCAAUGAGAUUUCAUUGGCAGGACAAGCUUUGUAAGGGAGCCAAAGAACUUUAGAAAAAAGGCAAACCACUCAGGUAUCAGUCAGAAGCAGAAGCACUCUACUCCCCUUACAUAUACCUAACAUAUAUACAUGCACACAGACUUGCUACCUCCCAUGUGUGCUAAAGUGCAAAUGACCCUGACACAAAUGACCCUGUGUGUGUUAAGGUGCAGUGGGCUGAAAAUUGCAGGGGUGGUGGCCCCUGCUCAGGCCACAAAGCCUGCCAAGCUUCAAGAAGAUUGGUGCAGGGGUUUGGGGGGGAACUGCACCCCAAGCUGCUGACAGGCAAAACUCAUGAUGUGGGUGGCUGCUUGGGCGACUGCGUCUGUCUUGGAGCACAGGGGGGGGGGUGAAAUCUAGUGCAAACCUGGGUGCUGGGCCCUGCCAGGCCACGAAGCCUGCCAGCUGUGUGUGUCUCGCUGGGGGAGUCUGUUGUCCAGGGCCCUGCACCCCAAGCUGCUGACAGGCAAAACUCAUGAUGUGGGUAGGUGACAUUGUGUGUGUGUUAAGGUGUGCCCUUCCUGGCACUGGGGCCUCUGCACAACAUGGCAGUGUGCCCCAGUGAGGCCUCCUCCUCCCCUACAGCCUCACGCCUGGUCCUCCACUUUACGUGACAACAGGUAAAAUAACUUAGCUGGCUCAACACCAGUAGCAUCAGCAGCAGCAUCAAAGAUACCCAAAUGGACCUGUCACAGAGCCUUUGUUUUUAUAAAGGAAUUGACAGCAAGAAGUAAAGAUGUUGUGUUGGACAUAUGAUGUUAUUCAUGGUA